AUGCGUGAUGUUUUGAAUUGGAUGGAGUUUAGCAACAGUUCAAAGACAUGUAUGCAGCGUAUCAUGCGCACUGGUCAGAACUUGUGUUUGUUGCCAGGAGGAUUUCAAGUAGCUACAUUGUAUCAACGAGGCAAACAUCGCGUGUACAUUCAAAAACGCUUUGGCUUCAUCAAGUUGGCCUUACAGCAUGGCUAUAACAUCUAUCCAGCGUAUACAUUCGGCGAAGAGUAUACAUACCACGCAUUUCCGUAUCUGGAAUGGCUACGACUUCAGUUAAACAAAUUUUGGAUUCCCGGUGUCAUUUUCUUUGGCAUCCCUCACUGUUUCUACUUGCCACACUCUGACGUGGAUUUGAUCACCGUCAUUGGAAAACCACUGCAAGUUUACGCUGUUGAUCCAGACGCAAAUCUUGAAAUAAUCUGA